AUGAUGCCAUCGUCUGCCUCCUACCGGACGCAUACAGAAAAGUUAGUUAGUGAACGCCUUAAGAUGGUGGAAACCACGCCUGAUAUUGCUGACCUGGAAAAGAAGAUUGACUGCGGCCAGAUAGAGGAAGUCAUAGUACAGGCCAACCGCGAGUACGAACUUGCCAAGAAUAUGCUGAAGUGGAAGCCGUGGGAACCGCUUGUGGCGGAAGCACCCGCAAAUCAGUGGAAAUGGCCUAUAUAG